AACCAGCGGCAGCGGUGUGUUGGUCCUCGGAACUGAAUAGCUCUCUAUAGGCUGUGUGGCUGGCUGCCUGCCUGGACUGUGGACACAUGAGGAUUUAAGACAUCUAAAAGGAAAAUGUUUGCACGGACCGGGGCACAUUUUUUCUGAUGACACCUUGAACAAUGACAAACGAGGGAACUUGGACUAACCGUAUGGCUAUGCAAUAGAAACGUAAACGUUUAGGCUUUUGCGUCGAGCUAGCUAAUACUGCUAGCGGUAGCAAAAAAUCCGCGUCUGUUUCGCACUUCAAGUUUGGCUUGAAGUUGUCCACACUCGUAGUCAUUACGGCACUGUUGAGGCGGCGUGUCCUUAACUUUAGGCCAACCUCUACGCUUUUAGGUUUUAAACUUUUGCAAUUAUCGUGUGUGUAACUCAACACUGCGUUUGAAUCAGUGCAAUUUGCCUGGGUGAUUAUUUUUGUGUUGCUAUGUGAAAGCGUUCCAGUGUUAGCUGCUGGGUCUCAUCAAAGCUGACAGAAAUGUUCAGUGUCGGGUGGCAAGAAGAAUCGUCUGGGUUUUUAUUCUUUAAAAUAUUGAUGCAUGACCGACCAUGAUUUCGUGGCUACAUUUGACAACCCACUGACGCUAGUGAUUUCAGAUAACAACCUUGUCAAGUCCAGUCUCGGAUGUGAUAUCGGGUGUUGUCCCACUGAGCUAACUAAUCCAAGACAAGGCUCGCCCACUACUUCACUCUCUUGUCUCUGCUAGUUCUUCAUCUGGAUCGCGUGUCAUCGGAACACCGGAGCUUUGAAUCGUUUUGUUCGUAUGCGUGUCCAACGAUGGGGUCGCUUAAAGCUCUCCAGGAGUGGUGUCGGAUACAAUGCGAGGGCUACAACGAUGUGGAAAUCAGAGACAUGACAACGUCCUUCAGAGACGGCCUAGCAUUCUGUGCCAUCAUCCACAAACACCGAGCGGACUUGAUUGACUUCGACUCCCUCUCCAAAGAGAAUGUCUACGAGAACAACCGCCUGGCGUUUGAGGUGGCCGAGUCGGAGUUGGGGAUUCCCGCUCUGCUGGACCCGGAGGACAUGGUGUCCAUGAAGAUCCCCGACCGCCUCAGCAUCAUCACAUACGUAUCCCAGUAUUACAACUUCUUCACCAACAAGACUCAUGCCAAUCCCCCCUCCAUGAAGAGACCCGGUGGCGCAGGGCCCUCGGACCUGGCCCCCAAGAGGCCAGCCACCCCUCUUGAGGACCGCGCGCCAGAGCCUGAGACGGGUGCGGCAGGUACCGCCCCCAAACGCAGCUCUCUGAGCAGCACCUGUGCGGCCUGUGGGAAGCAUGUACAUUUGGUGCAAAGGUUCCUGGUGGACGGCAAACUCUAUCACCGUAACUGCUUCAGAUGCAGAGAGUGUUGCAGCACGCUGCUCCCGGGGUCUUACAAGCCAGGAAGUGACGCCGGUUCUCUGGUCUGCACUCACCACUUCUCCAGAACCUCCUCCUCCAUGGCCAAUCAGAACGGCAGGCCCGAUCUCAGUAAACCGCACCACGACGUGGUGACGUCCGCCAGGAGCGCUCCGAAAAGACCCGAAAACCCACCCAGCAAGAGAAGCCUGGAGAGACCCCCAGCUGCUCCCACGGAGAACACCACCACCACCACCACCAGCACUCCCACGGAGACCACCACCAGCACUCCCACGGAGACCACCACCAGCACUCCCACGGAGACCACCACCACCACCACCACCACCAUGGAAAACACCACCACCAGCACCACCAGCAGCAGCACCACUAGCGGCAGCAGCAGCGCUCUUGCCGAAGCUGUAUCAAGCACCGGCAACAUAUCAGACUCUGUGGAGACGGAGAGGGAAAAAAGCAUGGCGGCAGAUGAAGGAGAGGAGUCUAAUCAUGGAGGAAUGAAGGAGGAGGAGGAGAAGAAGGAGAUGGAGGAGGAGGAGGAGGAGGAGGAGGAAGAGCAGCCAAAGGAAACGCCAUCUACUCCUCCCAACCCCUUCGAUGAGGAUGAUGAUGAUGAAGAGGAGGAGGAGGAAGAAGAGACUCAGAGGCCACCUGAUGUAGAAGUAUGUAUGCCGACUCCAGUGCCAAGCACGGUGAAGGUAAACGGUGACCACCGCGUUCCCCCGACUCCUGUGGAGCGUGGCAGGACGCCGGAGAUGAGGCCCGCUCCCGCGCCCCGCCCCACCCCGCGGAGGUCCCUCGACGCCGCCACACCUCCUCCACGCCCGGCGCCCAGGAACAUCCCCGCGCGCCUCACGCCAAGCCCAUCACCUGUUAACGGCAAGUCGGAUGAUCGAAGGCCAUCGGGUCCCGUGCCCCGUGAGCGCUCAAACUCCCCUGGAAUUGGAAGCCGCAGCCAAUCCGGUGGUACCCCCAAACCCAAAGACCCGCCUUGGCUCGCACUCGUCCACUCAGAAUCCAGGAAGAAACCAGCCCCUCCCCCUCCACCACCAUCACACCCCAGUCUUGGCGUGCGUCAACAACAACAACACCCUGGCUCUGUCCCCUCCCCCAAGGGCGAAGAGGGCGCCGCACCGCCACAACCGUCCUCCAACCCCUUCGAUGACGAUGAGGACGACGAGGAGGAGGAGGAGGACGAGGGGGCGGCAGAUGAGCCAGCUUCAGCGGUCGCCAACCACCCCUGGUACAGCAUCACCCAGGCGGCCACCAAGGGCUUCUCCAGCGCGGGGGACACUCCGGGCAGAGCGACGACGACCUCCACCCCCUCGGCCAGUCCUGGCAGCGGCAGGAAGAAACGCCUGGCGCCCCGACCACCGAAGCCCUCAGCCCCCUCCUCCUCUCAGCCUUCCUCUGCCUCUCCCUCUCCAGCCCUCAGUACAGAGAGCCUUUGCUCCUCCUCGUCGGACCGUGACACCUCCUCCUCGCAAGUCCAAACAACCCCCUUCAUCACCACUCCACAGCGUGGGCAGGGCCAGGAGCCUCAUCCCUUCACCAAGAGCGUCUCAGAGCCAUCCAUCAGCGGACCCUCGCCUCCACUCCCACAAGGAGCGUCGUGUCACCUCUCUCCAAGUCCUCUGCCACCACCAUCUGCGGUCAGCGCGUCCUCCAUUGACUCCAGUCCCACCAACACCUCCUCGGCUCCCGCUACGCCGCAGAGCGUUCGCAGCAGCAGUGGAGGUGCCAGAGCUGCGGGCCCCAGGCCGCCUCCCCCUCGCCCACCUGUCGCCACGGGCUCCCAGUCUGCCGGAACCUCACCAGGCACUACGCCCAAGCGCACCUGUAAAGAAAACCCCUUCAACAGAAAGGCCUCCCCGUCGCACCCCUCCCCCGCCACCAGGCCACCCAAGGGACCUCGGCCCGCCAGGCCCCCCGCCCCGGGACAUGGCUUUCCCCUCAUCAAGCGCAAGGUGCAAUCGGACCAGUACAUCCCGGUAGAGGACAUCCACGGGGAGAUGGGGGAUCUGGAGCGGCAGCUGGAUGAACUGGAGCAGAGGGGUGUGGAGCUGGAGAAGAAACUCAGAGGCUGUGGCAACGCCCGGGUCGUCUCCCGACCCUACCCCGUCUCCCUCUCCCUCCCGCUCACUUCCUGUCACCACCUUCACGAUGAGGAGGAGGAGACACUGCUGGUGGACUGGUUCACUCUAAUACACGAGAAGCACCAGCUGGUCCGCAGGGAGGCAGAGUUGGUCUACACGGCCAAACAACAGAAUCUGGAGGAGCGACAGGCAGAUGUGGAGUAUGAACUUCGAUGCCUCCUCAACAAGCCAGAGAAAGAGUGGAGUGAAGAUGACAAGAACAGGGAAAAGGAGCUGAUGGCAGAGUUGGUCACCAUCAUUGAGCAGCGGAACCAGAUCAUUAACACCAUGGAUCAGGACAGGCAAAGAGAGGAAGAAGAGGACAAGCUGUUGGCGGCCAUGUUGAAGAAGAAAGAUUUUCAGAAAGAAGGGGAGGAGCAUCCUCCUAAAAAGAAAGGGGCGAAGUUCAAGCCAAUGAAAGUGCUGAAGAGGCUGAGCCACAAAGGGGAGGGGCCUAAAGGAGGAAGCAAGGACAAGAGCUGAGGCACGCAACCAAUCAGCGACCUUGAGCGACCUGGAUUCAUUCGUUUCACAAUCCGGCAUCACAUACUCCGAAGGAUCUGAUUUUACCUAUUCAAUCCAACCAGGUCAUUUCCAACAUGUGCCACCACUGGAUUGUGAACUGAUGAAUCCAGGUAAGCUCAUCACUGUAACGAACUACGAUGGCCGCCAACACACAGACAUACUAUGCAUCCAUAUAUGUCCAUGGUCACCCACCCACAUAGGCAUUGCUAUGCACCCAUACAGGGCUGCUGACAGCUUUGGAUGGGCCCAGGACAAAGUCUUCUGAAAGGGCCCCCUCACCACCCAAUACAUGCAAUGCAAUGAGGACGCAAUUCUGCCCCCCCCACCCCCCCGUGCCUGGAACAACUGACCCCUUUUGUCACCCCCGGUUGGCUUCCCUGUACAUGUCUGCGGACAUGACUACACAUCCCUAUACUGUUUAUGCAGGCCUCCACCUCCCACUGUGGUCAUCCACAUAGGCAUUGCUAUACAUCCAUAUACAUGCCUAUGGUCGCCAAGCAACAUGGACAUGACUACACAUCCCUAUACUGCAUGUCCAUGUGUCCACCUCCAGGUGGCGCUGCUCCACUCCGCUGCAUUAGUCCUUCUCAGGGCUGCAGUGGGGAGUCAGUGCCAUUGAACUGGACACAAUGACAUUUAUUAUUAAUAUUAAUAAUAGUAGUAGAGAGACCAUUGACUGGACAUGAGAGAGGUGGUGGAUGUCAAUAAGAGACCGGUGUGGAUACAGAAGAGGAUACAGAGUUUCUCUAUUAACAUAACUAACCUGCCUGUGUCUAUCAUGACUUACAGCAAACAGAAAGAAUGACACCCCAGUCAAGAUGUCCCUCUUUGUGACGACUAUGUUUGUGGUUCAUCCAAAAGCCACUCGCUUAAGCGGAGAAAAUGUUUCCGUUGGUUACGUUUUUUGAGUUGCCUUUUUGUCAUAAACACAGACAUGAUAGAAAAAUGUGUGACAAAAGUUUGUGGAGGGUGGUACUGUUAUGUUGGUGGUGCAAAGAUUUGUUUGUUUGUACACGAUCUUCCAAAGUGCUGAUAUACCUGUAAUUUUAGUAGUAGCUGACAAAGUGCUAACGACGAUGUAUACGUAGGAAAUGAAACAUUUACGAAACAUGA